AUGCGCGCCCCGUCGCUGCUGCUGCUGCUGGCCGCCUGCGCGCCGCCGCCCUGCGCCGCGGCCGCCCCGACGCCGCCGGGCUGGGAGCCGGCCCCCGACGCGCCCUGGUGCCCCUACAAGGUGCUGCCCGAGGGCCCCGAAGCGGGCGGCGAGCGCCUGUGCUUCCGCAGCCCCGCGCGCGGCUUCCGCUGCCAGGCGCCCGGCUGCGUAGCGCACGCCUCGGCCGGCCGCUCUCUGCGCGCCGGCGUCCUGCGCAACCACAGCGUGCUGCUGCAGUGGCGCCUGGCGCCGGCCGAGGCGCGCCGCGUGCGCGCCUUCGCGCUCAACUGCUCUUGGCGCGGCACCUACACGCGCUUCCCGUGCGAGCGCGUGCUGCUCGGGGCUUCCUGCCGCGACUACCUGCUGCCCGACGUGCACGACGGCGUGCGCUACCGCCUGUGCCUGCAGCCGCUGCCGCUGCGCGCCGAGCCCGCCGCCGCGUCGGAGCCCGCCGAGCCCGGGGAGUGCGUGGAGUUCGUCGCCGAGCCGCCCCGCAUGCGGGAGAUUGUGGUGGCCAUGACGGCGGUGGGCGGCUCCAUCUGUGUCAUGCUCGUGGUCAUCUGCCUGCUGGUGGCCUACAUCACCGAGAACCUCGUGGGCCCGGCCGUCGGGCGCCCCGGGUUGCGCAGGCAUCGCUGAAGGGCCCAAGGGGCACAGCCUGCGCCAGUGCGCCUGAGACUGCAGGCCCUCCGCCCGCCCUUCUCUCAUUCCUUGUCCCUCGAGAUCCUCACGGAAAGCCUGCCGGAGACGAUUAGGAUGAGACGGCUGCCUGCGCCCGGACCUUGGCAUUGCCACACGCCCUUCCCAGCUGGGCGUCCUCCUUCCAGACUCUGGCUCCGGACUGGCCUUUGGGCCUGGGUUGUAGUGCCAGCCGCAUCCAGGGCUCUGCCUGCUCUCCGGAGGCCUUUAUAGGGACGGCCAGGACAUAUGGCCCCUUCCAGCAAGAGCUACAGGCACGCUGGAUCGUCACCCUGCACCUGCAUCCCGUGCCAAGUUGUCAGAGACAGGCCGUCGUCAUUGCUUGGUCACUGUGUGCUUUGGGGUGGGGGGCGACCCUUGGAGCCUGUCUUCCCCCCGCUCCCUCUCCCCGCACCACCCCAGCGGGCUUAGGUUAGCUUCGUGCCUUAGUUAUCUCCGGCCCACUGCAAGAGCCAACCACCCGGGCCCCUGCUGUCCAAGGGGGUCUGUGGCCCUGAGACUGGCCAGCAUGUUCGUGUGUCUGGCCAGUGUCCCCAGCACUGCAGGGGCGUGUGCCGAGGGUAAGCAGCAUCCUGGCCUUUUUCCUGGUGGGGGUCUGGACGGGCUGGAGCCGCGCUGUAGCUCAGCAGGCCCAGCCCCACUUCCUGCUGCCGCAUCCGGGGGUGAGUGUCCUUCGACUUGGAGAGGCUGGUGGUUCUCCACGGCCAGACCCUUCUUUCCUUUCGUGUGUGUUGCCUCGGACUAGGACUUUGUGUGGGGAGCGGGAGCAGGUGGCGGGUGGACAGCAUCACGUCCUGAGGGCAAAAUGUUGGACGCCAGCAUCGCCCAGCGGACCUUCCUCGGAGGCCUGGAUCCCGCGCCAUAACCAACCCAGGAGACCUCGAUGGCCACAGGAUGACCGACAGCACCACCCCCAGCCUUUCCACAUUCAAGGGUCGGGAGCCCAGGAUCUGGCCCCGUGAAGCUGCCCCCCCCCACUGUGGACUCAAGGCCGGCUGUGCCCACCUCUAGCAGAUCCGGGCCCCUGGCCAGGCUACGCUCUGUGACGACCCCCUGGUGAUGUUGGGCGCCAACUGAAAUUGACCCUGGCACCUCCUGGUCACUGUGGAUACACGCUCUACCCCCACUGCAGGACCACCAGCGACCCCAGGCCCUGGCUGGGCCCCCGCAGCACCCAGACCCGACCUCUCUGAGUCUUCGCUCCUCCUGCCCCUCCCUCCGUGGCGCUGGCCAGGUGCGA